AUGAGCUGCUGGGCAUCGUCUUCCGCGUCAUUGCGCGCUGUGGCGCCGCGUCUCGCUCGCUCAAGGGCAGCCGCCGCCACCCUCCCGUCUCAGUCGCUCGCAGCUAGGCCCGCCACCCGCCUCGUCGCUGCCAAACCACCCACCUCGCCAGCCAGGCUGUUCAGUAGCGCCGCAGCUGCACGCGCAGACACCUCCGUCUCGGGACAGGAUCUCUCGAUCGCCCUCGACGACAACGGAAACAUCCCCGCAGCGCCCUACUCGCCGCUGCCGCUCGCCGGCACAUCACCCUCGUACAAGGUGCAUCUCAUCAUCCAUCCCUACGACCAUGCACGACCAGCCGACACAUGGCCCUCGCAUCUCGAGUCCGUGUCGCCGUUCCUCUCGGAGCUCGAGAGCCGCGCAAAGAAGGGCGGCAGCCUCGAGGGGUACGGCAUCUCGUUCUCGGCUGGCGACGCUCGCGCCGUCUCGUCCAGCGAGGCGGGACUGCAGGCGUGGGAUGCCUCGACGUCGCGCAUGAUGCGUGCGGUGCCCAACUCGGCGCAGGAAGACGAGCGAUUCGUCGUGCAUGCCUACACCACCAACGGCACCAUGGCCAAGCUCGCGCCCGUGUCGCUCGCCACGCUCGACAACGGCGGCGCCUUUCGCCAGCGCAUCGACGACGCGCUCGCCGCUGCGCAGCCACAGACCGGACGUGCCAAGCCGGACGACGAGACGCACGUCUACGUCUGCACGCAUGCCGCGCGCGACUGCCGCUGCGGCGUUGCCGGCACCGCCGUCCUCCAGGCGCUCAAGGACGAGGUGCGCGCCCACCAGGCCGCCGCGAUCAAGGCGGGCAAGCAGACGCCCAAGAACGUGCGCGUCUAUCCCGUGAGCCACGUGGGCGGACAUGCGUGGGCGGCCAACGCGCUCGUAUACCCGCACGGCGAUUGGUAUGGUAAUUUGCGCACCACCGACUCGAAGCUCGUCUUGCGCGCUGCGCUGGCGCCCGCGAGCUCGGCGCACGAUCUCGAGGAUAUGCGCGAGAGGCUGGUGCACUGGCCCCGAUGGCGCGGCCGGCUCGGACUCAGCAAGGCGGCACAGCGAGACCACUUUGCCGAGUGGGGUCCGCCUACCGUCAACACCGCGCACAUCACGCCGCGAUCGCGCGGGCUUGCCACCGCCUCGCGCGCGGCGCUCUCCUCGACCCUGUCGACGGCAUCGCCUGCUUCGGUGAGGACGUACGCCACGGAUGCAGCCGAAAAGGCCAAGCCUUCGGCACGCAUGCAGGCGUUCCGCGAAAAGCUCGCCUCUGACCUGUCGAUCGACGACUUUGCCGCUGGCGAUGCCGACUCGCUGCUCUCUCCCGGUGCGGGUCGGGUUCAGAUGGGCCGUGUGGGAGAGGCACGUUUGCCGAAGCAUCUCAAGACCAAGAUCCCGACGGGCGCCAACUAUACGCGCAUCAAGUCGGAUCUGCGCGGGCUGGGGUUGUCGACGGUGUGCGAGGAGGCGAGGUGUCCGAACAUCGGCGAGUGCUGGGGUGGGUCCGGUGAUAAGGAUACUGCGACGGCGACGAUUAUGAUUAUGGGCGACACGUGUACGCGCGGGUGUCGGUUCUGUGCCGUCAAGACCUCGCGCACUCCGGCGGCGCUCGAUCCGCACGAGCCGGAGAACACGGCCGAGGCGAUCUCGCGCUGGGGACUGGGGUACAUUGUACUCACCUCGGUGGAUCGGGAUGAUUUGGUGGAUGGAGGGGCGGCGCAUAUUGCGUCGACGAUCAGCAAGAUCAAGACCAAGUCGCCCAAGAUUCUGGUCGAAGCGUUGGUGCCGGACUUUUCGGGCGAUCAGGCGUGUAUCGAGCAGGUCGCCACAUCUGGGUUGGAUGUGUUUGCGCACAAUGUGGAGACGGUGGAACGUACGACGCCGUCGGUGCGCGAUCGACGCGCCAAAUACCGUCAGUCGCUCGCUGUUCUGCGACACGCAAAGACGGUCAAGCCGGAUUUGAUCACCAAGACCUCGAUCAUGCUUGGGUGCGGCGAACAAGAUGCCGAAGUUGAACAGACGCUGCGCGACUUGCGCGAGGCCGAGGUGGACGUGGUGACGUUUGGACAGUACAUGCGUCCGACCAAGAGGCAUAUGAAGGUGCACGAGUAUGUCAAGCCCGACAUGUUUGCGCACUGGCAGAAGCGCGCCCAAGAGCUCGGGUUCCUGUAUGUCGCAAGUGGCCCGCUGGUGAGGAGCAGCUACAAGGCGGGCGAGUUCUUUAUCGAGAACGUGCUCAAGCAGCGCAAAGCCCAACAGGCCACAGCACCCGUAGACAAGGAGAACGAGGUUAGGGCGACGGUUUAG